CUGUAAUGUUUUUGUAGCAUUUUAUACGAAAAUGAAAUGAAAUCAGACCCACUUUCACUGGUUUCUUUAUUUUAUGAAUAACAAGACUAUGUAUUAUUUCUAUUUUCGGAAUUUACGCAAGAAAAAAGUAAAUUGAACAAAACAUAAAACUUUUACAAUCGAUUGAGUUUUAUGAAACGUUGGUGCUUCUUAAUAAUUUUUUCAUUAGACAGAAAUCAACGAAAUAAUCCGCUAGAAUAAAUAUAUAAAUCCAACGAAAUGAUCCAUCUAACUGGCCAAAACCUAUCCUCGAAAGAGGUUAUCCAAAACAUUUUUUCUCCUAUCGUUGGCACAAUAAUUUCGGCCCAAGCGGAGGAAUUAUGUCAGAAAAAUAACCUCUCGUUUGUGGAGAUGCUACAACCUUUUCUACGUUUAUCCUCCGAUGCGCACUUCCGGGAUACAGCAGGCACCAGCGUGUCAAUCAAGGGUCUCCGUGUAAACGUGAUUGACGUCAAUUGGAGACCACCGCAAACGGUUCUUGCGAAAAAGAUGCUUAACGAUUCCGUCACUUCGGCUUUCGGUGAAAAAACUAAAGCCAUAAAACUGGAAGAUGGAGCGUUUGUGGAUAUCCCCGUAGCAGAACCAUGGUUCGAGCAAUGGCGAGAAACGUUUCUCACCGUUCAAUUCCCUUCGGAUCACGAGUUUACAAGGCAUUUGCUUUGUUCACUUAUUGUGGUUUCCAGCAUUGACGCUAAUCCACUUGAAGUGGCCGCUCAGCUAACGAAAAAAAUUCAAAUGAUGCAAAGCAUUACACCUCCUCGAUUACCGAAAUGGUUUUCAACCGAUUCGUUAAACUGUUAUGUUAUGCUUCACGAUGGCUGUUCUGGAGACAUCGGAAAGGCCCAGCAAGCUUUUGAAGGACUUAAAUCAACUUAUGGGGAUCACAAAUGUUUUCUUUUGCAAAUCAACUCUCACCAGGGACCUCCGAUGGAGUGUCCUGAUCCGUGGUUACGCUAUCUAAAAAAGCAUCAACGAUCGGAAACGUCAACUGUCGAUAUUGAUAGUGCCCCCAAAACACCCCAAGAUAUGGGUUUAGUUACUUCAAUGCCAACCACUUUACACACCUUGUCGAUUACACCUGGAGGUAGUAGCACCACUUCCGAUACACUUUCCGGUACGGGUAUCGUCAGUGGUGAAGUUAUUGCACACCCGCUAAGCCCCGUUCAGGAAACAGGAAUAGAAAUACAGGAAACUGCAAGCUUGACGUCCAGCAUCGACAGUUUAUCGCAACAAACGAUCAAUCCCAAUGUUUGGACAGUUGAAAGUGACGUUGAUAUUGCACAUGGAACUUUCCUUACAGCUGGAGAUCUUGAAAACUUAAAACAUUUCGUGCAGGAUUUUGCCGUCAGAGCUUUGAUACCGUAUGUGGAAAAAAUGGUGGGGGUGCUGAAUGAUUCAAUCUCUAACAAAAAGGGAGUUAGUCGUUCACUUUUGAGUGCCACCAAGAGAUGGUUUGUAACAAACAAACCAGGAAUGAACACUAAUCAAAAUGCCGUUGUAUAUACUAACGAAUCUACUGAACUCCAAACAAGAAAACUUGGAGAUUUGUAUUUCAUGUUUGGGCAUUACGCGUUAGCGUUUCAAGCUUACCAUCAAGCAAAACGGGACUUUAAUGCUGAUUCGGCUUGGCAAUAUUACGCGGGAGCGUUGGAAAUGGCAGCACUAGCCGCGUACAUGCAAGGUGCCGCAAACCGGAAAACUUAUGACUACAUGGAAGAAGCGAUCGUCACCUACUUGAACAGUUGCAAGAUGCCACAGUUUGCAACUCGUGCCACGCUACUUUCGAUGGAAUGCCUCAAAGCGGCAAAAUUGUACAACGAAGCUGCCAAGCAAUUAAUUCGAAUGACCAGUGAGGAUUCGGACCUUCGAUCAGCCCUUUUGUUGGAACAGGCAGCAUACUGUUACCUGUUGGCUACUCCACCUCAGUAUAGAAAAUAUGCAUUUCAUUCGGUUCUAGCAGGUCAUCGUUUUUCCAAAGCCGGCCAGAGAAAGCAUUCUUUUCGAACAUACAAGCAGGCAUAUCAAUUGUUCGAAAAUCGCGGUUGGAGUUUAGCCGAAGAUCAUAUCCAAUACACAAUCGGCAGACAGGCUAUCAAUUUGAAGAAACUGAACGAAGCCAGCAAUUGCCUCGCUCAUCUACUUAGGCCGUCUAGUUUGCAAAGUGCCGCCCAACAAGCUUUCUUCCUGAAAGAUUUCCUCGCGACACAAAAAGCUUUUCUAGCCAAAGGCGAUAUCAACGAUAUUCUUACGAUUUCACUUCCCAAAAUAGUCCAGCCUAUGACCCGAGUAUUGGUAACUUCGCAACCACCGGUAGCCAAUCCCUUGUUCAUUCCGGCUACAAAUCUGAACAUUUCUUCAAGUUUGAUCGACGAAAAUGUUUGGAAUAAAAUGGAAGAAAUGUUAGUGCAAAGUGCUUCUAAAAAAUCGAUUAUGAUUUUCAAACCCAGUAGAGCAUUGUUUACUCAAGAAUCACCGACCAUCGACAAUCCUCGGAGUGUUCACGGUGAACCGAUUGAAAUUGCGUUCAACCUGGAAAAUACUAUCAAACCACCGAUUGUGUUCGAGGACGUCAAUGUUCUGUGGGAGUUUCGCAAGGACAGCCAGGAUAUUUACUCCAACAAACCUCUGUUUAUGAGUGAGUUUACGCCUGAAGACCGUAAAGAAAUUGAUAAUGUCGUAACAACAACUUCCGUGAGCUUAGUGUCUUUUGGAGAGUAUGAAAUCAAAACCGUUUCCCUUAAGUUGACACCGAGAAGUACCGGACAGCUACGAAUUCUCGGUGUGGUAGGUAAAAUCUCCUCAACUGCUACCGGUGUUACUGACGCUCCGAAUCUAUGGGGGAAGCAACUCUUCGAAGCAUUACCGAUUCGUAUGAAUGCAAAAGACAAUCGUCCGGCACAGUUUGAUCGUAAGCUCGAAAUUGAAGUUCUUCCACCUGCACCGGCGUUACAUGUUAGUUUUUCGCAAAGUCCUUUGGAGGUGCUUGCUGGUGAAGUGAUUCCUAUUAAGGUCCACAUGACAAAUGCAGGUGUUAGUGUACUCAGUGAUAUCUACAUUUGCAUCGAGAAUCCUCGGUACGUUCUGGUGAAUCUGGCGGAAACGGAUGUUCCGCUAUCCAUUUUACGAGAUCUGCGUAAUCUGAACAACGAGAACUUAGGCAAGGAAAAGGAAGCCCGCAAGCAGUACGUAUUCAAGGCUUUCAAGGAAUCCGACGGUGACUGCAUCAAUCCGAAAGAGACUAAAAUUAGCACGAUCUGGUUGCAAGCUCCGUACACUAAGGGACAGAAAAAUGUAAAGUUGCUGAUCUACUAUGGACUACCAGCGGAUUAUCCGAAGCUGAAGCAUCGCUUAGUGAGGCAUACAUGGAAUUUUAAUGUCAACGAGUCACUGUUAUUGGAUGCUAACUGUAACAUCAGUAAUCCUAUAACCAAUGAGUUGGGAAUCGAUCUAAACGUGAAAAAUUUAAAUCAAGUUCACCAUGCGCUUAUGACCGAGAUAUCGAUCAACGAAAUCGUCCUAUUCUGUUCCAGAUAUCAGUUGAAUCCACGGAAAAUUAUUUAUAUAAAAAAUCGUGGCUACCAGAAGCACCUCAUAGAAAACGUUGGGCUGAAAACGAACGAAACGCUUAGUCUUCGGUGCAACCUGCAGAAACGACCAGACGAAGUCAAAUUUGUGGGCGAUGUGCGAGAGUACAUAAGCGACAAACUGUCUACUAUUUCGAUACGUGCCCCGAGCGAGGAAAUGAUUCAGUGCUUGCCGAGUUUUUAUUCGACAGGAAGCUUUUUAAUGAAAAACGAGACUAAAUAUAUAAGAGUGUAUGAAAGCACCAACAACGAGGAGUUCAACCAAAUCAUUUCCAAUUUGGAUCGACACAUGACAGUGUGUGUGAACUGGAGUGCUCAGAUCAACGAUAACGGAUCGUCCCGACUGGCUUAUGGACAGCACUUUGUGCAAUUGAGAAUUUUAUACGAUUCUGUUUUUUGUCCGCCUUCUGAGAAACAUCAACAAGUUACCUUUACACACAAUGAAGUCGUUUAUAGUAUCUACGAUAAUUUGGAUCAAAUUUUUCCGAAGCCGGAUCCUGAGAAGGAUGAUGGAUGGGCCUUCAACAACAAUUUUGUAGCGCAGCGAUGCUUCCUGGAGGAGAAUGUGCAUUCAAUUGAGCAAGUAAUAAAAGCAUAGGAUUUAAGUUGUUAGCUUAUGUUGUAUCUUUAUUUUAUCUCCUAAAAUAAAAUAGUUAUGGUAAAAAUUUCAA